AUGGCCUCGUCUCGGCGAGAACCCUGCCGGCACGCCGUGCGAGCACCAGUGCUGCACCUUCCCGCACCUGCUUACGGCGGCCCAUUGGCGCGACGCGGGCUCCUACACCCCGCACAGCCAGCGCCGCCUCUUUCCCGAGAUCCAGCCGUACGGCGCGGAGGACCCGAUGCUCUGGCUGCAGCCGCGCGCCCCGGCGGGCGCGGAGGGCUCCGCCGGCGCGCCGAUCGUGCACGCGAUCCUGCACGACGACAGGGGCCGCGGCGGUGCACCGCGGUGGGCCGCCACGCCUUCUCGGACGACCUCGGGGCCACGUGGAGCUACGCCGAGCACGCGGCCUACAACGGCACCGUGGCCUGGGCGGGGGGCGGCUCCCGCCGACCGUUGGUGGCGUAUCGGCGCGAGAGGCCGCACGUGGUCCUGGGUGCACGCGGCGAGCCUCGGUUCCUGAGCAACGGCGUGCAGGAGUCCACCUCCUCCGACCGGAGCUGGACCCUGGUGCAGCCCCUCGGAGCGGGCGCUGCCGGCGUGGAUGCCGAGGCGUUGCUGGAGGUCUAG